GUGUGCCUUGUGGGUAGUCUUACCGCUAGAGAACCCGUUGACUAGUUUUCCCGAGCUCGGAUCUCCGAUUAUCGCCGCAUCCUUGCCUCCAUGGCGGAGAUGAGUUCUUCGCUGGCAGUCACGGGCGCCGCCAUGGAUGCUCCGGUGAGUUCUUCGGUGGCCGAGAUGGGCGCCAUGAAUGCUCCAGUGAGUUCUUCCCUUGGGGUCAUGGGCCCUCUUCUCAAGAAGAUAGAUUCGCUGCUGCCUCUGGAUUACCGGCUGCGAGGGCCACUCAAGGACAGAGUCGCGCUCCUCAAAGUAGAUCUGGAAGAAAUCAGCGUCGCCCUUGUGGAGCAGUCAAUGGUAGAUUUCCCCAAUGAAAUGGCAAAAUACUGGAUGAAUGAGGUGCGUGAACUUUGCUAUGACAUCGAGGAUUUCAUCGACGACAUGAUGUUGACGCACGCCGAUGCCAAGAUGAGGUCGGUGCAGAGCUUCAAGGUUGGCCGUGUCAAGAUCCCUUGGCUUCCCAAGACGGUGAGGCCGUGCACGAGGGCCGCCAGGAUCGCAGAACUCAGGGCCCUGGUGCGGGAGGCGAUUGAGCGACAUGGAAGGUAUCUUGAUGGUUGCACCUCGAGUUCUAGAUCUCUGUUCACUGUGUACGGCCAUAUUCCAUUGAUGUAUGCAGAGGCUGCAAACUACCUUGUUGGCGUCGAUGACACCAAGACAAAGCUUAUCAAGUGGAUUACCGACGAGGAGCAGCAUCCAGCAGAGACUACAAACUACCUUGUUGGUGUCAAUGACGUGAAGAUAAAGCUUAUCAAGUGGCUCACCGAUGAGAAUGAACAGCAGCUGAAAAUGGUGGUCAUAACUGGACAUGCAGGGGUUGGCAAGACCACACUUGCAAAACAGCUGUACCGUGAAGUUGGGCAGCAAUUCGAGUGUCGUGCUUUCGUGCGGGCAUCUCGGAAACCUGACAUGAGAAGACUGCUUGAGGGCAUCCUCUCUCAAGUUCAGCAGCAUCGAUGCCCCUCUAAUUCCUACACAGUGCAAAACCUUAUUGACAAUCUCAUCAAACAUCUCCAGAAUAAGAGGUAUGUUAUUGUAAUUGAUGAUUUGUGGGAAACAAUAUCAUGGGAUAUUGUUGCCAGUGCUUUUCCGGAAGGUAAUAACUGCAGUAGAAUAAUAACCACCACAGAAAUUGAGGGAGUAGCUCUGGAAUGCUGUGAUUAUCAAUCUGAUAAUAUUCUGAAGAUGAAACCUCUUGGCAGGGAGGACUCUGGGAAACUGUUACUCAACCUGGUUUUCGGUCCUGAAUGUCUGUGCCCUGAACAGUUAAAGGGGGCUUUUGACAUAAUCAUAAAAAAAUGUGCUGGUUUGCCACUAGCAACCAUUUGUGUAUCCGGUCUUUUAACAACCCAACCGGACAACCCUAAGCUAUGGCAGCAUGUGCAGGAAUUUUUAUGUUCCAAUUUGAGUACUGAUUCUACUUUGGAAGAGAGACUGCAGGAAAUACUAAAGCUUAGUUACAAUAGUCUUCCUCACUAUUUGAAGACAUGCUUGAUGUACCUUAGUAUGUAUCCAGAGGGUUACACAAUGCAGAAGUUUGAUUUGGUUAAGCAAUGGACAGCCGAAGGUUUCAUCUGUGCAAUAGAAGGAACAGACACAUGGGAAGAGGUCGCAGAUAGCUAUUUUGAAGAGCUUGUCAACAGGGGAAUGAUCCAACCCGUGGAUAUCAACUACAAUGGUGAGGUGUUAUCCUGCACACUACACCACGUUGUUCAUGAUCUUAUUACACUCGAGUCCACUGAAGAGAGAUUUAUCACUGCAUUAGAUUACUCACAGACCAUCAGAGGACAUUAUAGCAAGGCUCGUCGGCUAUCGUUCCACUUCAGCAAUCCCAGAUAUGCAAAGAAACCAACUGGUCUAACACUGUCAAAAGUCCGAUCAAUUGGCUUUUUUGGAAUCCUCAAGUGUCUGCCUACAAUUGUGGGACUUAAGCAUCUCCAAGUUCUAAUCCUGGAGUUUUGGGGUGAUCAACAGGGGAUCAAUUGUUUUGACCUCACAGGAAUUUGCAGAUUGUUUCAGCUGAGAUAUUUGAAGAUCUCCUGCGAUGCCAGUGUAGAAGUAGAAUUACCAACCCAGAUGCAUAUGCUGCGAUACUUGGAAACAGUGAUAAUUGAUGCAGCAGUGUCUGCAGUUCCAUCAGAUAUUAUUCAUGUCCCGGGGUUGUUGCAUCUUUCUCUUGGAGAUAAGACAGAUCUACCUGAUGAGAUUGGCCACAUCAGAUCUCUGCGUACACUACAUUGCUUCGACCUUAGCAGUAACUCUGAAGACAAUGUAUUGAGCCUUGGUGACUUGAUGAACCUGCAGGAUCUUAACCUCACUUACUGUACAGAGGAGUCAGAUGAACAUCUGAAGAGAAACCUGACAGCUCUAGCCUCUUCUCUUGGGAAACUUGUGAACCUCAAAUCUGUCUCUCUGGCUCCUGGUGUUUCACGAACGGUAAUCUACCAUGAUGUGUGUAGCAGCAUGUCCUCUCUUCCCUCCUUUCUUCAGAGACUUGAGUUGCUCCCCCCCAUUUGCAUCUUCUCCAGGCUUCCACGGUGCAUUGGGCAACUCCGCAAACUCUGUAUUCUGACAGUUGUUGUUAGCGAGCUGCUGAUGGAAGAUAUGGAUAUACUGACAGGAUUGCCUGCCCUAACUAUUUUCUCACUGUAUGUCCUGCAACCCACGGCAGAAAGUAUCAUCUUCAAAAAAGGGGCAUUCCUAGGUCUAAAGUGUUUCAAGUAUACAUGUGGUGUACUGUCCCUCGCCUUUCAGGAGGAAGCAUUUCCCAAUCUUCAGAGGCUUGAGCUAAGUUUCAAUGCUCAUAAAGGUGAACAGUAUUAUAAUUUGCUUUCAGGCAUUGACUACCUAUUAAACCUCAAGGAAACUGCUGGAACGAUUGGGGCAGCCACAGGUGCUGAAGAACAUGACAUGAGGGUUGCAGAGUCUGCUUUAAGAGAUGCCAUUCGCAAGCAUCCAAGGUUUCCUAGUUAUGACAACGUAAAAAGGGUAGAUUGGGUUCAUGAAGAAUACCAGCUUAGGACCCAAGCGAAAGACUCGCCAAGCGAAAAACAUGAAACACUGCAAAAACAACAUGGAAGAAAAGAGGGAGACUCGUUACAUGAACAGCCUAGAAUCUUACUGAAAGAAAGUGGGGGGGAAACAAAGCAAUGUGCCGAUAGCUGGAUUUCUCAUUUUCCGCCCCCUGAAUCAAUUAUCUCCGAUCAAAUGAAGUCAGCCGGUGUCAUGGCAUCGAAAGCUUCGGGAUGGCUAAGGGGUAAGGUGAAGGCUGUGACUUCUGGGGAUUGCCUUCUCAUCAUGGGGAGCACGAAAGCAGAGAUCCCACAAGAGAAGUCCAUCACUCUGUCACACCUUAUGGCCCCAAGGCUGGCUCGUCGUGGUGGAGUGGAUGAGCCAUUUGCUUGGGAAAGCAGGGAGUUUCUGAGGAAACACUGCAUAGGAAAGGAGGUCACAUUCAGAUUGGAUUACACAGCUCCUAACAUUGGACGGGAAUUUGGUACCGUCUACUUUGGCGACAAGAAUGUUGCCUACUUGGUAGUUGCUACAGGAUGGGCAAAGGUAAAGGAGCAAGGCCCCAAGGGGGGUGAACAACUCCCAUAUGUUGCUGAGCUGCAACGGUUGGAGGAAGUUGCUAAGCAACACGGUUUAGGUCGUUGGAGCAAGGAACCUGGUGCUGCUGAAGAAUCGAUAAGAGAUAUUCCACCAUCAGCAAUUGGUGAAUUAAGUGGUUUUGAUGCAAAAGGUUUUGCAGUUGCAAAUAAAGGCAAGAGUCUGGAAGCCAUUGUCGAACAAGUUCGUGAUGGCAGUACUGUUCGUGUUUACUUGCAUCCAAGUUUCCAAUUUGUCCAGAUAUAUGUCGCGGGAGCACAGGCUCCGUCCAUGGGGAGACGCCUUGCCAAAUCAGAAGGCACUGCCGACGACACCACAAAUGUUGACGAUUCUGGGGAAGCUCCUGCACCGCUGACAACAGCACAAAGACUUGCUGCAUCGACAGUCUCUACUGAAGUUCCACCAGAUAGGUUUGGAAGAGAAGCUAAGCAUUUCACAGAGACUCAAGUUCUGAACAGAGAUGUGCGGGUUGUGGUGGAGGGCACAGACAGUUUUAAUAAUAUAAUUGGUUCGGUGUAUUACCCUGAUGGUGACACUGCUAAGGACCUGUCCCUUGAGCUUGUUAAAAAUGGUCUUGCGAAAUAUGUGGAGUGGAGUGCGAACAUGCUAGAUGUUGAAGUCAAAAUAAAGCUGAAGAAUGCUGAACGUCAGGCAAAAAAGGAACAACUGCGAAUUUGGACUGGAUUUAAGCCACCAGUGACAAAUUCAAAGCCAAUCCAUGAUCAGAAAUUCACUGGAAAAGUGGUAGAAGUUGUGAGUGGAGAUUGUAUUAUUGUUGCUGAUGAUGCUGCUCCUUAUGGAAGUCCUUCAGCAGAAUGGCAGGUUAAUCUUUCAAGUAUUAGAGCUCCUAAGCUAGGCAAUCCUCGCAGAGAGGACAACAAGCCCGACAAAUUUGCUCGUGAAUCUAAGGAAUUCUUGCGCACACGGUUGAUUGGCAAACAGGUGACCGUGGAAAUGGAAUAUUCUGGAAGGAUCAGCACCAUGGAUGGACAGAAUGCUGUGCCUGUAAUGAACUCGGCUGAUACCAGAGUUUUGGAUUAUGGUUCAGUUUUUCUAGGUUCGCCAUCACCAGCGGACGGAGAUGACACAUCUUCUGUUCCAAGCACAGGCACCCAGCCUAAAAUUAAUGUUGCUGAGCUUUUGCUCUCACGGGGCUUUGCUGAGAUAUCAAAACACCGUGACUACGAGGAAAGAUCACAUUAUUUUGAUGCUCUAUUAGCGGCUCACUCACGUGCUGAGAAAGCAAAGAAAGGAAUUCACUCUGACAAACUUCCUCCUGUGAUGCAUAUAACAGAUUUUACAAUGGUUAAUUCUAAGAAGGCCAAAGAUUUCCUUCCCUUCCUGCAGCGGAAUAGAAGGCAUACUGCUGUUGUUGAAUAUGUUUUCAGUGGUCAUCGUUUCAAACUAACAAUUCCGAAGGAGACUUGCAGCAUCGCUUUUUCAUUGUCUGGUGUUAGGUGCCCUGGUAAAGAUGAGCCCUACUCAAGCGAAGCUAUUGCUUUGAUGAGGAGGAUGAUUCUACAGCGUGAUGUGGAGAUUGAGGUUGAAACAGUUGAUAGAACUGGAACAUUCAUAGGUUCCUUGUGGGAGUCUAAGACCAACGUGGGUUCUGUUCUUUUAGAGUCUGGCUUGGCCAAGCUUAGUUCAUUUAGCUUGGAUAGGAUUCCAGAUGCUCAUGUCCUCACAAGAGCUGAAAAGUCAGCAAAGCAGCAGAAACUUAAGAUAUGGGAGAACUACGCCGAGGGUGAAAAAGUUUCGAACGUGUCCGCUUCUGAAUCCAAUGAACAGGAAAUUCUCAAGGUUGUUGCUACUGAAGUUCUUGGUGGUGGAAAGUUCUAUGCCCAGGCAGUAGGUGACCAGAGAGUAUCUUCCAUCCAACAACAGCUUGCAUCGUUGAAAUUUAAAGAGGCACCAGUCAUUGGUGCUUUUAAUCCUGUGAAGGGAGAGAUGGUUCUUGCUCAGUUUAACCUCGACAACUCCUGGAAUAGAGCCAUGAUUGUUAAUGGACCCCGAGCUGUAGAUUCUGUAGAUGACCAGUUUGAAGUAUUCUACAUUGACUUUGGUAACCAAGAAGUGGUUCCUUACAAUCGCAUACGACCUGCGGACCCAUCAGUAUCCUCCUCUCCUCCUCUUGCUCAGCUGUGCAGCCUUGCCUUAAUAAAAGUGCCUGGUCUGGAAGAUGAUUAUGGUCAGGAAGCAGCAGAGUAUCUUAGCGAAUGUUUGCUAAGCAGUUCAAAACAAUACCGGGCAAUGAUCGAAGAGCGCGACACUUCCGGUGGAAAAGUAACGAGACAAGGCACUGGAACUGUUCUCAUUGUGACUCUUGUUGACCCAGAGACAGAAUCCAGCAUCAGUGCUGCCAUGCUUGAGGAAGGGCUUGCUCGACUUGAAAGGAGCAAGAGAUGGGACACCAAGGAGAGGAAGAAGGCUCUUGAGAAUCUGGAACAGUUCCAGGAGAAAGCGAAGAAGGAAAGGCUGCGGCUGUGGCAGUAUGGAGACGUCGAAUCCGAUGAGGAUGAGCAAGCUCCAGGUGGAAGGAAACACACAUUGUGUCGGUAGAUGGGAGUAGGCCGCUAAAGACAGCGUGGCAUGUUCAAUUGGUCAUGGUUUAGCUUUGAAGUUUUGGACGCCGUGAGUUUAUAUGGAAACCAGUGAGAGGACUCUAUUUAUGCAAUUAGAACAGAACUAUACAUUGUUUUUCCCCGAAGCACAAUAAGGCCGUGUCCAGGUGGACUGCAUUUUGUAGAGAUAGAACAUAUAAUGUCGAGAAUUGCAGUCAAUGGAAAUUCAGGAUUGGUACUUAAA